AUGCCGCUUUUAGUCAGAGCAGAGCCGUCAGAUGAAGUUCAGGUUCCAGGUCCAUCAACUUCUUCCUCUCUUGAUUGUUUUGAAGCUCUCCAAAGUCAACAAGAGGAAAUAGAAAAGGCGAUCAAAGAAAGCGGACCCCUGGUUAGCGAACCUUUACCCUUGUCUACGCUGUCAGAAGACUUUAAUGGACAUAGUGUGUACCUUGAGAAGUUGGAGCUUCUAAAAAAGCGAUAUAAUAGAAUACGCCGGUUGCGUCGCGAUGGGAAUUGCUUCUAUCGUGCAUUUGGUUUCGCCUAUAUGGAGUAUCUGAUGCAGGGCAAGAGGAAAGAGGAAGCCAAAAAAUUUAUUCGUUUCUGUGAUGAAUGUAAGGAGUUUCUUAUUUCCGUUGGCUACACUGAAUUUACGGUAGAGGAUUUUCAUGAACAGUUCACUGGAAUGGUUGAGAAGCUGGUGCUUCAAGACAGUCCGCUGUCGGAGUUGGAGGAUCUAUUCAACAACCAAUCCUACUCCGAUUACUACGUUGUCUUUCUUAGACUCUCCGUAUCUAGCUACAUGCAGCGCAAUGAAUCAUUCUAUUCCAACUUCAUCCCAGAUAAUAAAACGGUUCGCAGGUUCUGUGAAACGGAGGUCGAGCCAAUGGGCUUAGAAUGCGACAAUGUCCAUGUAGCUGCACUGGCUCUGGCCAUGGAUGUACCAAUUAAGAUUGAAAACUGCCAACAGUCCGGUGAAUUAAAUAACCUUGAAUUCCCUGGUCGGGAGAAUGCGAGUGCGGGUGAACGCGUUGCCGCGCCAGUUGUGCUGCUCUAUCGACCUGGACACUAUGAUAUUUUGUAUGCUUAA